AUGUCUCGGAAGAGAAAGACGGGUCUAAAAGACGUCUGUCAGAUCCUUGAGGAUGUGCGGAAGAUCAGGAUCGAACAUGUCGAGAGUAUGUUCAUGAGAAGCGCACCCUGCAGCAAGUAUACAGAAAAUGCAAUAUCUGACAGGCUUAUCGAAGGAACCUCGUCAUUAGGCAGCAAUCUCUUACAGAACCUUAAGAUUGCACAGGAUACCCUUCGUGAUUACGGCCAUUUCCGAGAGGCCGACGCCCUGACAGAUGUCCUUAUUAACUGUGCACAACUCCCCGAACUGGGUGGGUUAGGUCUGACGGAACAUACCGACCUUACCGAGGAACAAGAUUCGGAGGCUCUAUUUCUGGUUUCGGCAUGGUGGGAAGCGUUGAAUUCAGCAGACCGGGCCAAGGCAUUUCCCACCCCGCUGCGUACCCGUCCUGAAGGACGAAGGGGCAUGACCCUGAGUGAGAAGAUCUUCUCAUUGCACGACAUUGAUCAGCGGGGGUCGGUAGCCCCAGGCGACUUGAUACGAGUCGAUGUAGAUUGGGUCAUUGCAUCGGAGGCUUCUUGGGCAGACAUUCUAGGGCAUGGAGUCAACGUACAACCGCCUUUGGAAACCAGGAAUAUUCCGUAA